AUGGGGCGGAGCAGCCCGGGGGAGCGGCGAGGGCUGCUGGCGGCGGCCGAGCGGGGGCGGUGGGUGCACCGGCUGGAGCACGUGGCGGGCGCCGAUCGCUGGGCUGAACCCGCAGCCCCGCCCCCCUGCACAGGCAGCGAGCGCCCGGUGCGCCGGGGCCGCUUCUUGAGUCAGUCCUCGCGGGUUCGUCGUCGAGGCAGCGUCGUCCUGGGUCCGCUCCGCCGUCUUCCCUGCGCGACUCCUCCCGCCGGCCCCGUCAUGAUCUCGGCUCCGCGCUGCCCGCCGGGCGUCUGGGGGCUCCUGGCGCUGCUGCCCCUGCUGCCCCUGCCCGGGGCUCGCGGAAGGCAAUGUAAACCACUAGAACUAGAAAAUGGCAGGUUUCAUUUCACGGUUCUCCAGGUUGGUGCAACAGGAAACUUCUUCUGUAAUGAAGGGUACAGAUUAAUUGGACCGACUUCUGUCAAAUGUGUGGUUUCAGAAAAUGGAGUUGAUUGGGAUAAGGAGGUUCCACUUUGUCAAGCAAUACCUUGUCGUCCACCUCCUGAUAUCACCAAUGGAUCCCAUACUGGUCAGAGUGAACAACAGUUUCUCUAUGGCUCAGCAGUAACUUACAAAUGUGACCAGGGCUUCUCUCUUAUUGGAGAGGCCUCCAUUCAUUGUACAACGAAAGAUAAUGUCGAUGGAGAGUGGAGUGGGCCUGCCCCUGAAUGCAAAGUGGUCAAGUGUCCAGAGCCAGAAGUCAAAAAUGGAAAAAAGCAAUCUGGGUUUGGACCCCAUUAUUCAUAUGGAAACACCGUAAUAUUUGAAUGUGAUUCUGGCUACACUCUGACUGGUAGCAGUUCAGUUAAAUGUGAAGCUAACAAUUCAUGGUUUCCAUCUUUGCCAACUUGUCUACGGUCGAACACUGGUAUCACGAUUGCUACUGGGCAGAACACUGGUACCACGAUUGCUAUUGGAAAGAUGCCUAUCAUUCUGGCAGUGCUGAUUACGAAUUUGCUCAUCAGACAGUGAACAUGUUGGAAGAAAAUGGAAAAAUUGAAGGAAACAUCAUAUGAUUGCACUAAACGUCUCUCGUGAUCCCAGAGUCCUCUCAUUACAUUUGUAUUCAGGGUUGUGGAUUUUGCUGUUGCGAGCAAGAGCCUGUUGAGAUUUCUAUUUGGAGGUUUUGAUCUUGAAGUACUUAUUAUUCCUUUUAAAAUAAAGAUUAAUGAUGCCAAAGAUACUCAUUGAAUUGCUGUAGGCUUUUGUUAAUUCAAAUUUAUCCUCCGUUUUUAAAUCAAAUCUCCAGAAUAAUCAGUGUUCCUUUGCUCUCAUGUCCAAAAAACUCCAAAAACAAUAACAAAAAACCCCCAAACUAUUCUUACCCCAAGUCUUAUAUUUAAUGUGUCCUCAGUGUGGCAUCCCAGAGUGAAGUGUGUGGAUGUGUGUAAGACUCAGGUGUUUAGAAUCCACACUAUCAAAUUUUUAAGCCAGUAUUGAGAGCCAAAAUAAAUGACCUCUGUUUCCUUAUGAGCACUUUCUGAUAAGUAAGCAGUAAAAUAGUUAUACUUGUGAGCAAAUUCUUCUAUGAUUCUGUGCCUAAACUAAAUGUCUUUAUUUUUAUAUUUCAGUAGCUGAAAAUAAGUUUGGUAGCAUUUAAAGCAAGCUUAUUACAUUCAGGAAAUAAUUCUCUGCUGUGAGAAGGUGUGCAUCACCAAAUGCUAUUUUGUCACUAUCACUGAACACAUAUCAUUUGUAUUUAUACAAGUUGUACAGAAUUUUACUUGGCCAUCUGCAUAUUUAUCAAAUGAAAAAAAUGGAAUUUCUGUGUUGUACUUAAGCCUUUUCUCUGAAUAAAAGGAAUAUGGU